CGGGUUAAUCAGCAGCCCCGCUUCCUCUGCUGUCAUGUGACUUCAGCUCUCCAUUAACGUCAUCACAUUGCGACGGUAGUGCUGCCUGCACUGGGGGGUCCCUGAGGGUUGUCGCUACUUACGACAAUAACGUGGUUUCUAUGAACUCCCUGCAGCGAUCUGGUGUGGAGUAUGAAGUCGGCCAUUAGGACACAAGGCAGGCAUUCAUGAAGAGUUCUCUCCAUUCGCUCAGCUGUUGACCGAUGACUCUGACAGGUGAAGACAUCUCGCAGCGAUCAUGGGCUCCCCACACUUCUAACACUGAGGUGUGAUCUGUAAUACCUGGAAGCCCAGGAACCCAAGAAGAAUAAAACACACUCAACUUUUAGAUUUUUGCACUGUAACCUGUUGGAAGGAAUAAAGCACAACCAUGGAUAAGAAGUCAUUCGAGAUGGUGCUUGAUGAAGUUAGGAAGGCUGUUGUUACGGAUUAUAAAGUCAAGGCCUUGGAACACGUACAUGGAUAUUUUUCAUGUGAACAGGUAGUUGAAUUACUAAGAUACUUCUCGUGGUCAGUUCCUCAGCUGAAGGCAGUGAAGGCGAUGCAGAAUAAAAUGGUCGCCAUCCCCGCUACAAAGGUAGUGAAUAUACUGAAGUGCUUCACCUUCAGCAAAGACAGACUGAGCGCCCUGGAGCUGCUGGCGGUGAAUAUUCAAGAUGCAUCAAAUUAUAAGCCAAUUGAAGAACUGUUUAAAAUAAACUUAUCCGAAAAGAAACGCUGCAGACGAAUCCUGGAACAGGCUACAAAGAGAGGCUGCAAAGCCCCCAAUGCUAUGAUUUCUUCAUGCGGGAUGAUCCCUGGAAAUCCCUACCCUAAGGGGAGACCAAGUCGCAGUCAUGGAAUAUUUCCUGGAACCCCAAUAAAGAAAGAAGGAGAAGAGACGAAUGAGGGCAAGGGCAUUGCUGCCAGAAUUCUUGGGCCAUGUAAGCCGCCACCCUCUACAUAUAAUCCUCACAGACCAGUACCAUACCCAAUUCCACCGUGUCGUCCUCACCCAACUAUCGCACCAAAUUGCUAUGGGAAGACAGUGGCGGUAAAGAAGGAGCAGUCAAACUUAAAUACCUCUGGAGAAGGUCAAACUUUAUCUGAAGGGGGAGGGUCAACAAGCCUUAGUACCAGUUGUCGCGAUUGGUCUAAGACAAACGAGAAUAACAGUGCAUACGUCAAUGGUAGUCUCAUUCCAAACUUACCUCCUGGAAGUUUACCUCCUGCUUAUUCUACUAAUCCACCCGCACUAGCCUUAGGAAUUGAAGAUCCUGCUGCUCAAGGAAAAUCUACACCCAGUCAAGCUGCUGCUGCUCCAGCGAACCCUCUUGCUUCUCCACAUGGAAGCAAUUCCUCUGCUCCCCCAACACCUGCUGCAACACCGGCCCCUUCUGCUUCUCCCGCUAAAGCAUUAAACCCUCCGUCCACUCCUACAACUCCACUUCCGGGAAUGAACAUGUCUUCUCCUCUAGCAGCAUUUCCAGUGCAAGCUCCUUCAAUGCCAUCUCCUAAACCAUCUACACCCACACCGACAGUGAUUAAAAGUGCUCAGAUGUCCUCUAGUGCCCCUGGGCAAACAGUAAGCUCUCCUACAACAUCAAGUCCCUCACUAUUCCCCAGUCUUCCUACUGCCAUUCCAACCCAAUCGACUUCCUCCACAUCCUGUGCUAAUCCUGGGCCCAGUGAUACAAUGUCAUCCUUUCCACUUGCAGGACUUCCAUUUUCUGCUACGUCUUCUACAACCACUGUAAGCAAUGCUAUGAUGCCAUCUAUAUUCGCUGGUCUCCCAUUGCCGCUAAAUCCUGCUUUUCCGGGCAUGGCUAGCCCAACUCUGUCUGAUAUUGCUGGAGUUGCUGGACAAUUAGGCAAUCCUUUGCUGUCUGUUUUAAAGGGAUUUUUAGCUUCAAAUGAUCCAGCAGGGUUGAUGAAUUCGCCUUCGCUGCCUGCACCAGGACUGUUGCCAUUUUCAAGUCUUCCAAAUACAGAUUCGGUCUCCGCAGUGAACAAGUCUUUUACUCCUCCAUGUUCGACCCCAACACCUCAGAGAACCGCCACUCCAGGAAUGUCCAUAUUUUCAGGCUCCUCUUCACUUUCAAAUCCUACUUCUACUUCUGCAUCAAUACCAGGACAACCUAUGUUGGCCACUCCGUCUCCUCUUAGUUGUUCAUCCAUAGUUCCACAAGCCCAGAAUGCACCCAGCUCAAUGUCAGAACAAAAUCUUUCAUCUUCACCAUCCGCAACCAAUAUCAUGACUAAAACUGAACCAGCUAGUCCAUCACCUUCUGCGUUCAAGGGUCCAUCACGUUCAGCAACACCUUCUCUUGGUUCUCUAGGGUUACCCCCAGUUCUAGGCCAUGGUUUCCCAGGCUUGUCCAAUUCAAUGAACCCAGGAUUGUCAGCGCUUUCCUCAAUCAAUGGAAAUUUAGGCAGCCCCAACCUGUCUUCAUUAGCUUUGGGCACUUCUGCAGUAUUUCCAGGUUUCCCAUCAUUAUCCAAUGGAUCUCCAUUUGCAGGUAGCCCAGUUCUUACUCCAUCUGUUCCAAUGCUAACGUCUGCCGGCGCAAUUGCUAGUGCAACUCCACCUUUAACAUCGGCUGUGUUCCCCGGCCUCUCAGCAUCCGCUGCAGCGGCGGUUUCGCAGUUUCCAUUGAACCUAUCCACUGCAGUCCCUUCACUGUUUCCUGUGCCACAACCAUCCUUGGUCUCAUCCAAUCCAUCUUUUCCUGGAUUUCCAGUUUCUAGUACACCAUCAGUCAACUCCUCCAUAUCUGCUCUUCCAUCCUUCCCUGGACUGCAGCCUCCAUGUUCAUUGUCAGGAGUUCCUUCAGUGCCCGCAGCUGCCUCUGCUCCAUCUCCAGCCUCUGUUCUACCAGGAUUCGCCUCUGCUUUUAGUUCCAACUUCAAUUCUGCUCUUGUGGCACAAGCCGGGCCUUCAGCUUUUCCUCUUCUUUCUCUCUCUGGUCUUCCUGGAUUCCCACAGAAUCCUUCUCAGUCAUUGCAAGGGCUCCAGCAGAGCGCAGCAGCAGCCGCCGCGACACAAUCGGCUCUAUUACAGGCACAUUCAGCGUCCCUGGAAGGAUUCUCCGCGCAGGCAGAUGCCUUUGCCGGUUUUCCCACAGGACCCGGUACGCCCUUUCCGCUUCAACCAGGAUUGCCCCAGCGCGGCUGGCAAUAAUGGAGAAACUCUUCUAGCCCACAACACUUCAGCGAGGUUCUUCUAUGUUGCCGUCUUUUAGGUUCUGGAUUUAUGCUUAGCUUUUAAACAAGACUAGCGUCUGAAGGUUUUUAUCGUAACGGGUAGGCAUGAACUGACACCAGUAUCAUGACAAUACUAGCCUAUGGGUCUAAAUUAUUUUUAUGUCUUUUUAGUAAUUUUUUUUUAAUAUUCUUUUAGCUCAUGAAAUGUAGUAUACCUCACACCUUUUUGGUGAGUUUUAAUAGGGCAUGUAAUUUACCGCAUAAUAAUGUAAAAAAAAAAAAAAUUCACAGAAUUGUUACAGGUUUUAGUCCUAGUUUUUAAAGCCGAUCUGUAUAUAUUUUAGUGUUCAUUGUGAUUUAGGGGAUCAGUUUACAGAUAUCCUCAUAGGACUGUGGGACAUUUGCACCAUAUUACCAGUCUGGCCUUGGAUAGUGAGAAAAUGGUCCACAGCCAGGAGACAUCAGAAGGCUAAGAUUAUGUCACUAUGGCUAACGUCUUUAUUUCUGGAUAACACUAAAGCUGGCCAUAGACAUGAGAUACCUGUCAAUCAUCCCAGGUGCACCAGGUAAACAACAUUGGGUUGCUUUAAGGGGUACUCCUGUGGAAAACUUUUUUUUUUUUUUUUUUAUCAACUGGUGCCAGAAAGUUAAACAG